AUGGAGACCAAGGUACCACGGAUACAUGCAGAACGGAUCCGGGUUACGCUUGGCUAUGAAGGUUUGUUUUAUGUUGAUAACGAUGGUUUGAGUGGAGGAAUGGCGCUUUUGUGGAAGAAGAAUAAUACGGUGAGAUUUUUAAGCUAUUCGCAGAGUCAUAUUGAUGUGGAGGUUAGCUUGUUUAAUAAGUUAUGGCGCAUGACAUGCAUUUAUGGUAUCCCCGAGCGUGGUAGGCGGGAGGAGACAUGGGAUUUACUUGGUACUCUCAAGACUAGAUCCUUAUUGCCCUGGGUGGUGAUAGGGGAUUUUAAUAAUCUAUUAUAUCAGCAUGAGAAGAAGGGGGGAAAUCCGUAUCCUAAUAGUCUGUUACGGGGUUUCGGAGAUGCUCUGGAUGACUGUGGUUUGAUGCAAAUGCCAAUGAGGGGCCAUCAGUAUACGUGGCAGAAGGGGAAGGGGACGCCGAAUUGGAUAGAGGAGAGAUUGGAUAAGGCUUUAAUAACGAAUGAUUGGGGUCUGCUCAAUGAGAAUGCAAUGCUGGAAAAUAUUCGAACUCGGGCAUCGGAUCAUUCGAUCCUAUUCCUCAGUAUUAAUGCCAUUUGCAUGCCAAGGAGAAGGGGACCGCGGAAGUUCAGAUUUGAAAUGGCUUGGCUAUUGGAUGAGGGGUGCAAAGGAGUAGUCGAAACGGCCUGGCAAGAGGGGAGAACGGAGGGAUUGCUGCACUGCCAGCAGUUGUGUGGAGAAAAGUUGAUGCGGUGGGGUGGAGAUCAGUUCCAUAAAUUUGGAAAGCGAAUUAACCACCUGCAGCGGAGGCAAGAUGCCAUAAGGAAUAGACGAGAUUUGGUAGCUCUCGCUGAGUACCAACAGAUUGAGAAUACCAUGAAACGAGGGGAUGAUAUGCAUGUUGUUAUACAGAAUUACUUUGAAAAUAUUUUUGCCUCAAAUGAACUGAGUUGUAAUGAUCCACUUUUUGGAGUCCUAACCCCACGAGUAACGUUCGAGCAGAAUGUGAUGCUAGACCGCCCUUUUGAAACUAAUGAGGUUAAAGAGGCUCUUUUUUCAAUGUAUCCGGAUAAGGCACCGGGGCCGGAUGGGUUGAACCCGGGUUUCUACCAGCAGUUUUGGGGGAUAGUGGGAGGAGAUGUAUCUGGUUUUGUAAUUAAUGCCUUGAAUUCCUGUGUAUUCCCUGAAGGAUUGAAUGAUACUAACAUUGUCUUGAUACCGAAGAAGGAGAUGCCUGAGACAGUAGCAGAUUUAAGGCCGAUCGCACUGAGUAAUGUCAUUUACAGAAUUAUGGCCAAAAUGAUAGCAAAUAGGAUGAAAACAUUGAUGGGAGGAUUGAUCUCAGAAUCCCAGAGUGCUUUUAUCCCGGGAAGGCUAAUCACGGAUAAUAUCCUGGUGGCAGCGGAGGUGGGGCAUUAUCUGAAUAGAAAGCAAUGUGGUAUAGUGGGAUGGAGUGCAUUAAAGCUAGAUAUGUCAAAGGCCUAUGAUAGAAUGGAGUGGAACUUUCUGGAAAGGAUGCUGACUGUUAUGGGUUUUAGUGAGAAGUGGGAGGCAGGAGUUAUAAGGCAGUGCCUUGCAAGGUAUGAGAAAUUGUCAGGCCAGGCAUGGCGAUUUUUAACAGACCCAGAAACACUUGUAGCCAAAAUCUACAAGGCAAGGUAUUAUCCCACAACCAGUUUUACAGAUGCAACUAUUGACUCGUUUACAACAUGGCUAAAAGGGGUUAUGACAGUCUUGACGGAGGAGCAGGUCCGGUUAAUGGUAGCAAUAUUAUAUUAUAUUUGGAGAACCCGGAAUUCAGCUGUCUGGAAGGGAUCAAUGAUGCGGCCUGCCCGGUUGGUCAGAGCAGCCACCGUAGCACUGCAGGCGUAUGGCACUGCUCAUGUUGGCCGAACCAACCCGACACCGGCGACGGACCACGUGAAUGGUUCAGGAGGGGGUGGUCUACGAUGUUAUGUGGACGCGGGUUUCCGGCACGACACGGGCGAGGCUACUUACGGCAUGGUAAUUAUAGCGCCAGAUGGCUCGUUUGUGGCAGCGAGGAAUGGCAAGUUACCAGUUUGUUUUUCACCACUUAUGGCGGAGGCUCAGGCAUACAAGGAGGCUUUGUCCUGGCUACUUGAACGGGACACCACAUCAGCAGGUUAA